CCGAUCAGACCAGCUAGCCUCCUUGUAUUCGUACUUCUGUUGGAGCUCCCUAGCAUUCCGCCUUAUCUCUAUCCCGUGGCGGACUUCAUUUCAUUGGUCCCGUCCUGUCAUGGCACGGUGACAUGUAAUCUCCACAUUGCGUUUGGAGACUUGUAUCACCUCCUGACGUGGUUUAUUUGUUGCACUUUGUUCCGUCGUGAGAACGGGCUCAACUCACGAACUCGCCGCUCUGAUCGUCUGAACGACAUUGCUUAAUCCUAGCCUCCUUCCAUAUCAGCCAGCUUUGCAACCUGCGAGAGCGUUCGUCUUGAAAAACAAAACGUACAACAGCAGCUCAAACGUUUAAACCGCAGGAUGGGUUGGGGAGGGAUCACCUGGGCGAUCCCGCGUCCCAACGCCCAAUCCCUUCUCUCGUGGGGUCACAUAGACCUACCCUGGUCUCCCACUCCCCUCCCUCUCUCCCUCCCCAUCCUCCCCAUUCUCCUCCUGCUCCUCCUCGGCCUUCUCCCAGCCUUCUCCUUUCUCUUCUUCUCAACAUCCGCCAGCCGUAAGCGAAAGGGUGUGAAACCAGGCGAAGGCGAGGCGAAGCUGGUAACCGGAUCGUCCGCGAUCUUGUCAUCCGCCUGGGUCCUGUGGCUUCGCGGAAAGUUCCCUCCAGGCCCCUGGGGCUUGCCGUUUUUCGGCAGUCUGCCUGACAUUCUCCGCGAUGGCGAUCCUCACCGUCGGAUCACGGAUCUCGCUGAAAUCUACGGUCCAGUCAUGGGGAUGCGUCUCGGCCGAACCCCAACGGUCGUCCUCUCCUCCCCAGCCGCAGCGCGUCAGGUUUUGCGGGAUGCUGACAUGGCAUGCGCGUCGCGCCCCGCGGCGAUCACAUCCGCGCUAUUAACUCACGGACCGCGCGAUCUCGUGUUCGCGCCGUACGGACCGUCUUUUGUGCAUCGGCGGAAGCUCGCCACGAGCCACCUAUUCACGGCGGAGCGCAUCGCGGCUUGGCGCGGAGUGCGGGAGGACGAGGCGGACGGGAUGGUGACUGCGGUAGUCGACGAAAUCGCCGCGGCAGAAAAAGGGGCGGAAAAAUCGCGGGGAAAAGCGGCGGGGGAAGCGGGGGGGGGAGCCGGGGAGGGAGCGGCUGAGCAAGCGGAGAGUUCCGCGUGGGCGGAAGUGGAGAUCCGCCCGCAUCUCGCGCGCGUGUCGUUGAACAACAUCCUCCGCAUGAGCUGCGGGCGGCGGUACCAGUUCAGCCGCCCGGGAAAGCCGGACGCGCUCGCAGACGAAGUUAACUCCGUGAUCUUCAAGAUCGCGGGGCUGUUGGGCCCGUUUAACUACGUCGACCACGUGGCGGAAUGGGAUUGGUUCGAUAAGUGGACUGGGGGCCUGACAGCCAAGUGCCGCGUGCUUGCGCCGAAGCUGCAGAAAUUCUUUAGAGGGGUGUUGGACGAUCACCGUAGAAUGCGGAGGGAGGAGGAGGGGAAGCGGGCGAAAGAGGCGGAAGCAGCAGCAGCGGAAGCAGCAGCGGCGGAAGCGGCGGCGACUGGAGCGGACGGGGAGGGUGAGAAGCGGCGCGGAGUGAUGGAAGAUGCGUCGACGUUUGCGCCGCUUGAAAACCCGGAGGAUCCGGAGAGGGACUUUCUGGAUGUGCUGCUGAUGCUGCAGAAACAGCAGCAGCAGCAGCAGCAGCAGCAGCAACAACAACAAAAGCAAACGAAUGGCUCUACAGGGGCUGAUUGUAAGGAUUCUACAGCUGUAGCAGGUUCAGUGAAGGAGGGUUUAGGGGUUGGGAGAACCCCAGUUGCCCAGGCGGCAGCAGCGGGAGCAGCGGCGGCAGCCGGUUCGGGAUUGGUGGUAGAUGACGUCGAAAUCACGUCCUUGCUACAGGAUCUGCUUGUAGCGGGUACAGACACAGCAGCAGUGAGCACAGAGUGGGCGUUAGCAGAGCUGGUGAACAGACCCGAUGCAAUGAAGCGGCUACAAACGGAGAUAGACGACGCCUUAGAACAGUGGCACAGAGACCAGGAGACGGAUGGGAAUGAAUCGCAAUCUGAUCUCGAUGCAGCCUGGGAAAAAACCGGAGGCGAGGCGUUACUCAUGCGGUUACCCUAUCUCCAGGCCGUAGUUAAAGAAACCCUCCGCUUGCACCCGCCAGGCGCGUUCUUAAUCGCCCAUAGCACCACUGGGCCCGUGGAUCUGUGCAGCGGCAGGUAUAGAGUCCCCGCAGGCACCAUGGUGCUAGUUAAUGUCUGGUCUAUCUCGCGCGACCCGAUCCUGUGGCCCGAGCCUGAUAGGUUCAUCCCAGAGCGGUUCCUGCCCGGCGAAGUUUUCGAGCUGCCCGAGAGUGCAAGUGGGGGCAGAGACCGUGCCAGCAGGCUUGGAGCAGGAAAAACAUGGGGGGGGGCACGGAAAGGGAAGGAGGUAGGGGGAGGCGGAGGGGGGGGAGCAGGGGGGCCCGUGCAGCGGAUUGUGGGGGAGGAGGUGGAUAUGAGGGGGUUUGACUUCCGCCUGCUGCCGUUUGGGUCGGGGCGGCGCAUGUGUGUGGGGCAGCGGCUGGGGCACCAGCUGGUUACCAUCAUGCUGGGACGCCUCGUGCACGCUUUCCACUGGGAAGCCCCCGCUGCAGGCUGUAACGGAGGUGAUUCUAACGGGAGUGGCGAUAACGGGGGCGACUGUAAGAAGGUGGAUCUUAAGGAGCGGUAUGGGCUGGCCAUGAGGAUGGUGAAGCCCCUGCAGGCACGGGCUUCACUGCGAGCGGGCGGGGAUGGGAGGCGGGCGGCUGAGGCGUGGGGGGUGAAGAGGCUGGGAGGGGGAGCAGGCAGGAAGUAGGGUCUUGGAGACUUGGGGCCUAAUCCUGGCCAUGGGGAUGGUGCAGUGAAGGCGCGUGCGUCACUGCGAGUGGGCGGGGAUGGGAGGCGGGCGGCUGAGGCGUGGGGGGUGGGGAGGAGAGCAGGCAAGAAGUAGGGGUUCAGGCUGUUGGUCGGUGCCAUGGGAAUUCGAGUGGUACUGGAUGUGUGGAGGUAUGAGCUGGCUUAGGGAAUGGUAUGGUGCAGUGAAGGCGCGUGCGUCACUGCGAGUGGGAGGGGAUGGGAGGCGGGCGGUUGAGGCGUGGGGGGUGGGGAAGAGAGGAGGCGAGAAGCAGGGGGUUGCAGCUUGCAGCUAUGCGCUGGUGUCAGUGUUGGCAUUGGGUGCAGUGCUGAGUGGGUGGGGAGGGAAGGUUGGCUGUCGAUUGGGAGAGAGGGCGGGAUGAGCAGCAGCCUGCAGGACGCACUGUUAAUGGUAGCGCCUCUUUUUCUAAGGGGAGUCUUUUAUAGGCUCCUGGAGCAGCGAGGCGUCUAAGAGGAUGGAUGAUGUGUGUGGUGCUGGUCUGUGGGGGGUUUGGGACGAAAUUGUUUCCAUGGAGGGAUGCAAUGCAUCAUGAUGCAAUGCAACUGAGAUAGUUUGGGAGAGGCAUGGAGCACAAAAGGGAGGCCUGGUGGUUAGGGUUAUAGAGGAAGAGCAGGGGUUGGACGUCCCAUGGUGAUCCCUUCCCAGGCUGGGUCGUGCCAUACAAGCCUGCUGUGCUGGAGCCUCUGGCUUGGCCGCUGAGGAGAGGAGGGCACCAGCAGCAGCCGGAAGGCUUGACAGACAGGUUCUAGAAAUGUAGCAGUUCUCUGAAAUUGUAGCCGUGCUUCGCUGAAAUUGAAUGGCGAUGACCUGCUUCGCAGGAAUAUACGUUAUGCACCAUGAACAGUCAAAUGUCAUUAUUGUU